GAACAUAAGUGCAGUUGUCUACUUGCCCCCUCACUCUGUUACUUGGAUAUAAUCAUGUCGAACAACAGCGCCGCCAACAGCAGUUUAGUCAUCGCUCAGAAGGCAGUGAAACAGCUUCGUCUGGAGGCCAGCGUCCGCCGGAUAAAGGUUUCUCAGGCUGCUGCAGAACUGAAAAACUUCUGUUUGCAAAAUGCCCACAAAGACCCUCUCCUCACCGGGGUGCCCUCCAGUGACAAUCCUUUCCGGCCUCCCAAGUCAUGUGUCCUCCUCUGAGAUCCGUAGAGUGCAUUCAGGCAGUCUCCUCAUUGUUCUAACGUGGAUUUCUGUCAUGUGCGCCGCCACUGUUGAAGAUAACGAAGACCUAGUCAGUGAGGGAGUUGAUUAAAUGAUAAUGAUUUCAGGUGAAACAUUUAGCCAAUCUUAUUUUAAUUAUUUGUGUGUUUCUGCAUUCUGCAUUUCUGUUUUGAAGACCUGUGGAAUAACAUUUUUAACAGUCAUUAUCAGUGGAUGUGCAAUUGUAUUUGGCACUAUAUAAAUAAAAUACAACUGAAUUAAACCGGAUGAAAACUCACACAGCUGAAAACAACAUGACUAGAAAAAUUCCCAUGAAAAUUACACCUUAAAAUACAAACCUAAGCAGUUUAUUCCCAUUUAUAGAUGUUUCCCAGGAUCAAGCAGCAACCUCUAGACUCUAGAGUUUAGAGUCUAGACUUUAAAAAUCAAGAAACAGAAGUUCCUCUAAUGACCACUUGGCUCCAAAUGUCAUUUAGUUUGAUUUAAAACAGAAAUAAAUGUGUUUACUCAGACUAUUCAAAUAUUUUUUUAUGUUACUUAACACUACGAGCAGCUAACUGCUAGUGUUGGUAAAUAACAUCCAAAUAUAACUUCAAACAAACCCACUGGCUCCAUUUAUCUUUAGUCUAUGUCCAGAACAGGUGUAAAACAAUCGUUUUAAUCUUUAUUUCUUUAUUUAUAUAUUCAUUUUUUGUCAAUUCUUUCAAGCACUAGAUGAAAACAUUCAAUAUAACUCAAUUUCUGAACAACUGAGUUUAACGCAUGUAUUCCCGUCAUCAGUCAGAAGCUGACUGUCUGUAAUCAUCUAUUUUUACCACUGAAAAUGACCACGAGUUAAUUCAGAUAUGAAGGAACUAACUGAGCAUAAAUGAAGCUCAUUGGACACGGAGCGUACUACACAAAUGACCAGCCAUCAGUUUGUGUCAGAAAGCCCUCUCUAAAAUGUAUUUGAAUUCAUAUCAUAACAUAAAGAACAGCAAAUGUUUUAUGGUGACUUUAUUUACAGUGUAAUGAAAUGUGCCAGAUAUGGGCCCUUGUGUUUUUUACACCUACUGUUGCUUGCACUGUCAUUUAAUUGCUACUAUGCAUGUAUCACAUUAAAUUA